GCGCCUCCCGCGCUCCUCCCCCACGCCUCCGCCUUCGUUCCCCGCCUUCCCCCGCCUCUUCUCCACCUCCUCAUCCGCAGGCGAUUCCAGCAUGGUGGUCGUCGGCUCGGCGGACUCCUUCGACGCCAUCCACACCAAGGUGCAAGAUGAGAAGCUGCCGGCUAUGUUCUACUACACGGCGGUCUGGUGCGGGCCGUGUCGGAUGAUGGCACCUGUGAUCGAGAAGCUGAGCAAGCAGUACCCCAAGAUACCCGUCUACAAAGUCGACAUCGACUUGGAUGGAAUUGGAAACAAACUAGGAGCCCUGAAAAUAUGCUCUGUGCCGACGUUCCAUCUGUAUCACAAGGGUGAGAAGACCAGCGAAGUAGUUGGUGCUGACGUGAACAAACUUCAAUCUGCCAUGGAAAGUCUUCACAAGCAACAGUGAACUUCCGUGCAUGAAGACGUUGCAAUGCUUCUGAUUUCUAUCGAUGCAUCCGACACGGAAACUUCUGCGUUGCGACCUUGUUCAGAGAUCUUGUUAUAGUUGGGUUGUGGAACAUUGGUAACUGGAUGUAUGCCCUUUUUAGCACAGGUUUUGUACACUAUUUGCUAAGCAGGAUCUGUAAAUCUGUCUAUGCGUUCGGUCUCUCUCUCUCUGAUGGUUAGGCUUGACAUGCACAAGUUCUGUGUUUUUCUGUAGCCGUUAUCAGUUGUUUUUCCUAAAUGUGCUGGAUCGCAAAAGUGUGGCAGCCAACCAAAUGUGUCCAGACAUUGGAACAUGUGGUAGUGUGCAAUUACGUCCAUCAUUUAAGUCCAGUGAUGAUCUCAAUGAAAUUGAAUAAAUCCAGCUAUUUGGAUGGUUA